GACUUAGAAUUUUGCGAAUCUUGCGUGCAUAAAUCUUGAUCGAUAACAAUGCUGUAUGAUUUGAUAAAACGCUCACGCGAAAUCUAGAUUAUCUGGAUUAUCAAUUUAUGUAUAUCGACAAUGAGAAUGAUUUAUUCUGUAACGAUAAUUCGCUAAUUGUAAAAUAAAGAAGGACAGAAGUGCGAUAAAUAAACAAAACUUAGAGAAGAUUAAUACAGAAAAACAAAAGAGAAUAAGAAGAGAAAAAAAGGAUAGUGUUGCACUCUUAAAACUUUAAAGGAACGUUUGAGCAGUUGGAGUACUCCAAGUUUCGAGUGCGCAAGUCACACGCACCAACGCGUCAGUGUGCGCGUGUCACGUACGCGAAAUCCUUCACUCGUAGUCACACGCGUAGUAAUUGCGCGCAUUAACACGACACGCGGUCGCAGCCACACCAGUGAGGUGGUGAUUGUUGUCCAGAGGAGGCGACGGUUAGAGUAAAAAAUCGCGUAUAUCUCGCGAGAGGAUAUGCCAGACAGCGGAGCCGUCUACCAACCGACCACCGUCGGCUACACGUACGACAGCGGUGGCGACGGCAGCGGUGGUGGUGGCGGCGGCGGCGCCGCCGGGCUGAGGCACGGCUUCUGGCGCAUCGUAUCCAGGCACAAGCUCAAUUCCAGAAAAUGGUUGGAGUGGACGUUGCUGUCGGUCGCACUAUGCUUCUUCGUCGCCGGCCUUACGAUCAUGCUCGUCAAUCUCGUCUCCGCAGAAGAGUCUUCGAAGACGAGUGACGAUUCUGUAUCGGAGAUAAAGUCAGAAGAAGAUUCAACGACGGUUCCAGAUGUACAGCAACAUGAAAAUACAGGAAAGAGUUCUGUGGCAGUAGGUGCCGGGAUAAUGCUGAUCAGUGUAUUGCUUGGCUUUGUUUGGACAUGGCUCACUUUCUUCCAUCACAGCAAAUCACCAAGAAACGGCAUGACGAGUAGCAGUGGUCAGAUGUUGGGCGGUUUGAAUCCAUCGACUGACUUGCUGGUGGGUUCCACUUCGCAGUACGGGCCAGUACUCACAGAGGUGCCAAGCCAGCUGAAGAUAAAGCAAGCCAACUCGCAUGACAUGCCGGCUAUACCGCUUUCCGACCAAGAGGAGGAAAUGCACACGCUAAUGCAAGACCCUGCGAGCCCGCCGUCGGUUUCUGUUGGAUCUAACACCAUCACUAAUCAAAUUCCAGGUUGAGUAAAACGGUUGUUCCCAUGUGCGUACAAGCGCGUAUAUAACAUGGACUUAGAAUUUCGUUUUAUAAAUUUUCUAACACGCUCCAAGAGAUUUAUUAUCACUGCGUGACGAUUUUGCAAGUUCUCUGUUUUGUUUAAAACUCGAAAGAACUAUCGUCCCUUUUGAUUUUCGUGGCGUUCAGUUCCGUGACGUUCCGGUCUACAAUAGGUAACCCCUUUAGCAUUUUGCUCUAAACUCUGAGUUGCGAUGUUAAUUUGUUCUAAGUUCUUUAAAGCUCAUUUAAAGCUUAAGGAUUACGGCUUAAAACAGCAUCGGGUAUACUUUUUGCCGUAAAAAAGCGUUAUGAUUUACAACUUAAAACAAAAAGGUUUAUUACUAUCUAUUAUAAACUGGGAUUUAUAUUGUUAUUGACAUCAUUUGACGUUGAUCGUGU